ACAAAAUGGCCGCCGCGCCGAAUCUCUAAGCUUUUAGGGGUUUUGACAUCUCUGCCGCCUCCUACUCCUCCUUUUCUACAUCCUCCUUUUUUUUAAACCUCCCAUUUCGGCCUGGAAGCCGAGGAUCCUGUCCGUACAACGGUUGCGGUUGUAUCCCCGUCCCUGGAGCUUUUAUACCGCCAAGGAGGAGGUGCGGGAGGCUGUCAGUGUCUGAAAGGAAAAAUAAGGGCGGAGAACACAGAGGUGGCAGCACAUAUGUAUUUUAUGUGGUCACAUGCGGACGGCAUUUUAAUAGGAUACUCGGCAAAGGACGCACACAGAAUUUUAGUGUUCUAACUCUAUUUGGACCUAUAUUGCAUCAUGUUCCGACGCCAGGAGUUGACGGGAAUGCAUAAGAUGAUGCGUCCUGUCCCCAGCGGCAAUGUGUCUUCCUGCCUCAACCAGGACAGCAUGAGAAGCGUUGAUCAGUAUGGCCUAUAUGCCACCCAGCAGAGCAAAUAUAGCCAUGCUGUCAGUCACAAGACCAUCUCCUGUCAAACACAAGAAACUAUAAAUGAGGCGCAUUUGCAGACCACAAGCAACAGGGACCUGGAUACAAAAAAUGAUUUAAAGAAAAAGAAGAACCUUGGCAGAUCUGGCAAACGGGGAAGGCCGUCGGGGACCACCAAAUCGGCAGGCUACAGAACCAGCACUGGUAGACCUCUGGGGACCACCAAAGCUGCUGGGUUUAAGACAAGUCCAGGCAGACCCUUGGGCACAACCAAAGCCGCUGGAUACAAAGUCAGCCCAGGGAGACCUCCAGGUAGCAUAAAAGCUCUAUCGCGGCUUGCAAACCUAGGUUACCCAAGUAACAAUGCAGCUUUUCCCUACCCCACAACACUAAGCAGAGGACUACAUUCUGCUGUGGAUGCCAACAUCAAACAUCCUGUUGAGUAGGAGUCAAAAGCUGCGUUUUGUGUUUAUACAAGUAGGAGGAAAUGGCAGGCCUUUAUUAGUGUCUUCUACUUUUUAUAAUAUUAUUUGCAGGCUCAAAUGAUUUGAGUCACGCUUACUGUUUUGCAGAAAAAAAAAUCAGAAAAUAAGCAGGUUAGCG